CAGACAUAAUCAGCUGUCCAUAAACCAAAAAUCCACUCUCCAUUCUUUCUAAACUAAUCCCUGCUCAUCUUUAGUGACAAAGAAUUUCUUUUGAUCAAGAAAUGGCAACCAUGAACUCCAGUGUAUUGGCUUGCAACUAUGCCAUUUCAGGCAUGGGGUCAUCAGACCUCAGCUCAAAGCUUGUUUCUGUGCCAUCUUCAGUUGCAGUUGGUCAGAGACUGCCAAUAAUCAAGGCACAGCAAACUAGAGUUUCUGUAUCAAAAGAAUCAGAAUCCCAAGGAAGAAGAGCAGCAAUGCUUUGUCUUGCAGCUGCCCUGUUUACAGCAGCUGCUUCCACUUCCUCUGCAAAUGCUGGUGUAAUUGAGGAAUACCUUGAAAAGAGCAAAGCCAACAAGGAACUGAAUGACAGGAAAAGAUCAGCCACAACCGAUGCAAACUUUGCAAGAGCAUACACGGUUCAAUUUGGCACAUGCAAGUUCCCUGAAAACUUCACUGGCUGCCAAGACCUGGCCAAGCAAAAGAAAGUGCCCUUUCUUACUGAGGAUUUGGAGCUGGAGUGCCAAGGCAGGGACAAGUUCAAGUGUGGUUCAAAUGUGUUCUGGAAAUGGUGAACUAUGUAAAGUAAUUCCCAGGAUGACCUCUCUAAGUUAUAAGCUCCCAGAAAGAUGUAUCUAAAUUUUUGUCAAGCACUUCUAAUUGGAUCUAAAUUGUAAUGAUCUUCUCUGUGAUCUUCUUUCAUUAUGCUUCUAUUAUUUCUUUUU